GAGUCCUCCAAAGCCUACUGCCAGUUCUCUUCGUGGACUAACUGCAACGGAGAGACUCAAGAUGAUUCCUCUCCUGCCCAUAUUAUCCCUGCUGCUGUUGUUUGCUGUUAACUCUGCAGAUUCCAAUGGUUAUUAUGACAAGGUCUUGGCUCACAGCCGCAUCCGGGGCAGAGAUCAGGGCCCAAAUGUCUGCGCCCUUCAACAAAUUUUGGGUACCAAAAAGAAAUACUUCAGCUCUUGCAAGAACUGGUAUCAGGGUGCCAUCUGUGGAAAGAAAACGACUGUGUUAUACGAAUGUUGUCCAGGAUAUAUGCGAAUGGAAGGAAUGAAAGGCUGUCCAGCAGUUAUGCCCAUUGACCACGUUUACGGGACCCUGGGUAUUGUGGGGGCCACUACAACGCAGCACUACUCUGACGUCUCAAAACUGCGGGCGGAGAUCGAAGGAAAAGGAUCGUAUACUUACUUUGCACCGAGUAACGAGGCCUGGGAAAACCUGGAUUCUGACGUUCGUAGAGGAUUGGAGAGCAACGUAAAUGUUGAAUUACUGAAUGCUUUACAUAGCCAUAUGGUUAAUAAGAGAAUGUUGACAAAGGAUUUAAAAAAUGGCAUGGUUAUUCCUUCCAUGUACAACAAUUUGGGGCUUUUCAUUAAUCACUAUCCUAAUGGGGUCGUCACUGUUAACUGUGCUCGAAUCAUCCAUGGAAACCAGAUUGCAACAAAUGGUGUUGUACAUGUCAUUGACCGUGUCCUUACACAAAUUGGUACCUCAAUCCAAGACUUCAUUGAAGCAGAAGAUGAGCUCUCAUCUUUUAGAGCAGCUGCCAUCACAUCAGACCUACUGGAGUCCCUUGGAAGAGAUGGUCACUUCACCCUCUUUGCCCCUACCAAUGAGGCUUUUGAGAAACUCCCACGAGGUGUCCUUGAAAGGAUCAUGGGGGACAAAGUAGCUUCUGAAGCUCUCAUGAAAUAUCAUAUUUUAAAUACUCUCCAAUGUUCUGAGGCCAUUAUGGGAGGAGCAGUGUUUGAGACCAUGGAAGGAAACACAAUUGAGAUAGGUUGUGAAGGUGACAGCAUAACGAUAAAUGGAGUCAAAAUGGUGAACAAAAAAGAUAUUGUGACCAAUAAUGGUGUGAUCCAUUUGAUUGAUGAGGUUCUCAUCCCUGAUUCAGCCAAACAAGUUAUGGAGCUGGCUGGAAAACAGCAAACCACUUUCACAGACCUUGUGGCCCAGUUAGGCCUGGCAUCGUCUCUGAAGCCAGAUGGGGAAUACACAUUGUUGGCCCCCGUGAACAACGCCUUUUCUGAUGAUACUUUGAGCAUGGAUCAACGCGUUCUUAAAGUAAUGUUGCAGAAUCACAUAUUGAAAGUAAAAGUUGGUCUUAGCGAGCUUUAUAAUGGACAGAUACUUGAGACCAUUGGAGGCCAAAAACUCAGAGUCUUCGUGUAUCGUACAUCUGUCUGCGUUGAAAAUUCAUGUAUGGUGAGAGGAAGCAAGCAAGGAAGAAACGGUGCUAUUCAUGUAUUCCGAGAGAUCAUCACACCAGCCGACAAAUCCUUCCAUGAGAAACUAAAGCAAGACAAGCGCUUUAGUAUCUUCCUUAGCCUACUGGAAGCUGCAGACUUAAAAGAUCUUCUGUCACAGCCUGGAGAAUGGACUUUGUUUGCACCAACUAAUGAUGCCUUCAAAGGAAUGACAAGAGAAGAAAUGGACAUUUUGAUUGGGGACAAGAAUGCUCUUCAAAACAUCAUCCUGUAUCACUUGACCCCAGGAGUUUUCAUUGGAAAAGGAUUUGAGCCUGGUGUUACUAAUAUUUUAAAGACCUCACAAGGAAGCAAGAUCUAUGUGAAAGGAGUAAAUGAUACACUUCUGGUUAAUGAAUUGAAAUCCAAAGACUCUGACAUUAUGACAACAAAUGGUGUCAUUCACGUUGUAGAUAAACUCCUCUACCCAGCAGACAUACCCGUGGGAAAUGAUCAGCUUCUGGAAAUACUUAAUAAACUGAUCAAAUACAUCCAAAUUAAGUUCGUUCGUGGUAGCACCUUCAAAGAAAUCCCCAUGACUGUUUACACAACUAAAAUAAUAACCAAAGUUGUGGAACCAAAAAUUAAAGUGAUUCAAGGCAGUCUACAGCCUAUGAUCAAAACUGAAGGACCCACAUUUUCAAAGAUCCAAAUUGAAGGUGAACCUGAAUUCAAACUGAUUAAAGAAGGUGAAAUAAGAACAGAAGUCAUCCAUGGAGAUCCAAUUGUUAAAAAGUACACCAAAAUCAUUAAUGGAGUGCCUGUGGAAAUAACUGAAAAAGAAACACGGGAAGAACGAAUUAUUACAGGUCCCGAAAUAAAAUAUACUAGGGUUUCUGCUGGAGGUGGAGAAACGGAAGAAACUCUGAAAAAAUUGCUGGAAAAAGAGGUCAGCAAGGUCACCAAAUUCAUUGAAGGUGGUGAUGGUCAUUUAUUUGAAGAUGAAGAAAUUAAACGACUGCUUCAGGGAGACACACCUGUGAGAAAGAUACAAGCCAACAAAAGGGUUCAAGGAUCUAGAAGGCGAUCGAGAGAAGGUCGUUCUCAGUGAAAAACCAAAAGCCAGACAACAACCCUCAGUCAGCAACCUCACCUGGAAAGAAAAUUAUGAGCGCUGCCUCGACUUCAAGAAAUGAAACAUCAGCACUAAGAAACAAGCCUUCAAACAAUUCUGAACCCAUAUUUAAUAUCUGUUUUUCUGAAUGAGAAGCAUGAGGGAAAUGGUGAAGUUAGUUUCCUGUAGAAUAGGAGCUGAAGGAAAUAUAGCAUCUUACAGGCUUUUGUAUCUUGACAUUAAAAGUUCUGACUAAUUUUGGAAUCUAACAAAGAAAAUUCUUGUCACCAAGCUCAUUACAAUUUAAAUUUAAGAAUAGUGUGCUAUUAGCUCAAUCAGACAACUGAAUUGCAAAUGUAUGGAUGUGCAUAAUGGAUAAACCAAAGGCAUACACAGUUACCUCUCCAUAGGAAGCUAAAUUGUAAAAAUGAGUGUUAGGUAUACAACCGGCAAACAAAAUAAUUUUACACCCAAAGGCCUUACACAUAUCUAGUACAAUGUGAGUUUAUUGGUAAAUUAUAUUAUUUUUACAACUAAUUUUGUACUCGAAAUGUUUGUAUGUUUUUUGCAAUACAUAUUUUCUAUCUCAAACAUUUCAAUAAAACCAUUUUGCAGGUAUGAACAGAAUCAUUCCAGAUUGUUUAAUUCAAAAACUCAAGGUUUAAAUUAGAAAUCCCUUUGGACUUGGGAAUAGGGCUUUAUACCUUUUUUAUAAACAAGUAUUCAAUAAAGAAAAUUGUAUGAAAU